UGCAAUUGCAUUCUGUGCACUCUGCGUACCCUUAACCUUAAACUGGUUUGUAAGUUUCUGCUCGAAUGCAUUCGCUGCUACAUGCAGCAUUGAAAGAUCUUAACGGUAAUGGACGGCUUUAGUUACAUGUUUGCACCGAUCGCGCUCGCAAUGGGAAGUUUAGUGGAGUUCCAAAAGCAACCCUACAAUCCUGCCAGUCCGCUUGAACCGCGGACAUCGUUGAUUGCUUUAGUCCAGACCACUCGGAUCGUCAUCAACGUUUUGAUUUUCACGGCAAAGCUGAUCCCGCUGCUAAUUUAUUUGCUGUUGAAGAAGUUCGUCUGUCGGAACCCGAAAGACAUCCGUGGCUGGAUUGCCCUGGUGACGGGCGGUGCCAACGGACUCGGGCGCCAAAUUGCAAUCGAGCUGGCCAAGGAAGGUUGCCAUGUGAUCGUGGCCGAUUUGGACGAGUGCAACGCGAUGAAAACGGUUCUCGAGCUGCGUUACUAUGGAGUGAAAGCCGCUGCCUACUGCGUGGAUGUGGCUAGCGCUGCUGAGGUACGAGACUUGCAACGAAAGGUGGAAGCCGAGAUGGGUCCGGUGGACAUUUUGGUGAACAAUGCCGGACUGGUGGCGUUUCUGGUUUCCGAUGAGUACGUACCGGAGAAUCUGCAACGGUUGGUGAAUGUGAACAUUUUGGCGAAUUUCUAUACGGUCAACACCUUCCUGCCGGGAAUGUACGUCCGACGGAGGGGACACGUAGUGACAAUCAGUUCGGCGGCGGCCUACUUGAAUGUGGGGCUGAUGAGGCACUAUACCACAACCAAGUAUGCCAUGAGAGGCUUCAUGGAAGAACUGCGCGACGAGAUACGGAUUGCGGGGAUGUCAAAGUGGGUCAAGACGACGACGAUUUUUCCCUUCCAGUUGAACACGCGGAAGGAGCUGGUGGAUGCGGUGCUGAAGAUGCCUUAUUUUGCAAAGCUUCCCCUAGUUGACCCGGCUGUAGCGGCCAAAUCGAUCGUUCGAUCGAUACGGAUGAACAAACGCAAAGCAUUCGCACCGGAUUGGUUCGCCAUCGGAUUGGCGGCAUUCGUCGAGGACAUGUCUCGGAAAAUCAAAUACCUGUUUCAAGAUCAAUUGCUAGGCAACUGACAUUCGCGUAAGUACAGUAUUUUUUU